AUGUCCGUCCAGACGACCACCAUAACGACCACCAGCACUAACACUGCCCUUCCCGCGGAGUGGUAUCGAUCUCCAGCUCUCCACGAACUUGAAAAACGAGCCAUCUUCUCCAAAGAAUGGCUCCUCAUUACUCACAAGAACCGAUUCGAGAAGCCUGGAGACUAUCAUACCUACGAUGUUGCCGGUUUUCCGUUCUUUCUCAUCAUGGAUCGCCAGAAGACCAUCCGAGGCUUUCAUAAUGUCUGUCGGCACCGUGCUUUUCCCGUCAUCCGGCCUGAUGCGCCCCGGUCCGGCACGAAGAGCAUACUAGCAUGUUACUACCAUGGAUGGUCCUACGGCCUCAAUGGAAAACUUGCCAAAGCUCCCAAGUACGAGAAUGUCGAAGGCUUCGAAAAGGACGAGAACAAUCUGUUCCCUAUUCACGUCAGGAUUGAUGACCGAGGAAUUGUGUGGAUCAAUUUGGAUGCCGCAGACACGCCCAGAAUCCCAUGGGAGACACACCUCAAAGGAUGUGAUGAGCGUCCGCGUCUGGCAAAGUUCAACAUGGAUGAUUAUGUCUACGACCACACCUGGGUCAUGGAAGGUAACUAUAACUGGAAAGCUGCUGCCGAUAACUACAACGAGUGCUAUCACUGCCCAACAACCCACCCAUUGUUCACGGUGACAACCAAUCUAGACAAGUAUAGGGGAGAGUACAAGGGCGCAGAACUUCUCUACUUCAUGGAAGACAAGCCCGGACAGAACACCCACAAUUUCGCUCCCAGCUGGUUCUACCCGAACGCAGCGUUCAACAUAUCAGACGUCUUCUGGUACCUCUUGCGUUCCAUUCCCACUGGCCCGACCACGGUCAGGAACGAAUACGAAGUCUAUCGCCACAAGGAUGCCACCGAUGCCGAAUUCAAAAAGAUGGAUGAGUUUUUCAAGCAGGUCGAGAGGGAAGACAAAGAACUUUGCAAUGGGGCACAAGUCAACCUCAACGUGGGCAGAUAUACGGCGGGUCAGCUAGAGCCCAAGGGUGAAGAAGGUGUUCUUUACUUUCAGAACAUGGUCAGACAAGCUCUCAAAUCGCACCGGGACGAGGAGGUCAAGCUUGGGAGAGAAAUCUGGCCUACCAGACCAGCCGCAGCACAGAGCGAUGAUAUCCAGUUCUGCGAGAGCCUGGGUAGCUGUGGAAUGGCAAAGGAAACUAGCUGGUGA